CUUAUCAUAUGAGGAAAACUUAUCUUAAUAGUCAAAUAAAUGCUAAUAUUCAAGAAUUAGAUCAUAAAGAAAUACUACUUAUAGUGGAUUAUAAAAUGUGCAUUAAUCCUCAAAGUGUAUAUGAAACAAAACCUGAGUUUUAUGAAAAAUAUAGUUUUACAUUGUAUUCAGUACUAAUAUAUACUAAGAAUGAAGAUAAUACUAUAUUUAAUAUUUCUACUUUUAAUUACUGGUCAAAUGAUAUUAG